AUGUCUGAAACCACUAAACCAGAUUCAGAAAAUAAGUCGUCAAAGUCCUUGAAGUGUAAUGUUAAGAACAUGAUAUUACUUCAACAAGCCUUACAGGAAGAUGUAUUAUCUACCUGGCCGUUAAAGAAACGUUUUUCUUCAUUACGAGAUCUGCAUUUGGACAAGAACAAUUUCUGGUCUGUUAUUAAACACGAGAAUAACGAACGAUUGCAAAAGACUACAGAGAAAGUUCUACAAGGAAAGACAGUUAAUGUGGUUGUUUAUGGGGGAUCAAACACUGCUGGCGGGGGUCUACAGGAGGAUGAAAAGAGUAUAAAAGGAAGGUUUCCUAUUAUAUUACAAAGCUGGUGGGAUAGCGUAAUCACACCAGCGACUGGAUCGCGUUUGAAUAUCAAAAUCAUUGGUAUUGGUGGAACAUCAAGCAGUUACUAUCAGUUUUGCUAUAAAGUUUAUCUACAUCAUAAUAACAUUGAUCUCGUAAUACUAGAUUCAUCAGUCAACGACGGAGUAGCACUAAGAUUCAAACAUUCGACCAACAUCAAUCAAAGUUUGCCAUUAGAACAAUUUACACGACAACUACUGAAUGACCCUAAUAACCCUGCAGUGAUGUUUGUAAACUUCUUUCUUACAACGAAAACACGACGUGGUUGUUUUAAUCUCAUAAACCUUGGGCAAUCCCUUGUAUCUAAUCACUAUAAUAUCACUACAUUUGAUCUACGAAAUCUCGCUUGUGAGUUUAAAUCGGGAAAGUUCCACAUUACAGCGAAGACGGCUAAAUAUCAAACCAAAGAUAAGUAUCAUAUGAGUUUAUUGGGGCAUGCGCAAACCACUUUCAUGAUCAUUCAGGUGAUUAGAAAAUCAAUAAGGAAACUGCUUAAUGACAGUCACGUGCUCACAAACAAAACUAUCUAUGAUUGUACCGCAACAUCCAAUGUAUCCAUACAUGAACCGAUUCCUCCUGCGAAGUACAUCAAACCCAUAUCCAGUGUUAUUAAAAAUCCUUUAUGUUGGACAGGACUUGCACCAGAUAAAAAGUAUAUGAUAAGGAACACUUUAAAAGUUUCUGUUUUGAAAAGAAAAGGAUUCGAUUACACAGAACAGGUACCAAUACUAAGCCCUCGUCAUCGUGGUAAGGCAUAUCGGACUGACUGUUUCAGUUGCUGGUGUGGGACGAAGAAAGGUUCUGAAAUUACAUUCUCGUUUGAGGCUCCAGAUCACUCAUCAGUCAGUAUAUUUACUCGUAGCAAUCGUGACAGCGGAGAACUAGAGGUUUGGUUGGAUAACGAUAUAGAAAAACGUAUUAGGAUAUAUCCUAAAAAUAGAAACCGCCAGACAGUAGUGGUAGCAGUGGCUGCAGGAGUAACGUCUGGGAACCAUACGUUGACUGUCAGAAUUACUAAAGAUGGAAAUAUUCCUGUUGUUGGUAUAGCCGUAGCUGAAUAG